AUGCAUGACGUAGUCGUUAUCGGCGCAGGUCUGAGUGGCCUCCAGGCGGCACGUUCCUGCCAGCUAGCAGGCCUCUCCGUCUCCGUGAUUGAGGCGCGCGAUCGCGUGGGUGGAAAGGUGUGGAGUGUGCCAUUGCGCUCUGGUCGUGGCUACGCCGAUCUAGGGGCUGCCUGGAUCAACGAUAGGCUGCAAAGCCGUAUCAACGCGUAUGUUCAGCAGUUUGGCCUCGAAACUGUGCGGCAGCGACUUGACGGCAAGGCCGUCAUGCAGAAAGAGUCAGGAGAUCGCAUCGUGUAUCCUUUUGGAAUUACACCUGAAUUCACUGCGGAAGAGAAGAAGAACCUCGAGUUUGUUCGUGACCACAUACAGUCCGCAACUCUCAAGACCACGUGCCCAGGACAAGAUGAGGAUAGCGUGAGUCUGGACGAAUAUGUCCGCAAGUUGGGAGCCGGUCCAACAACGGUCAAGAUGGUCAACUUAUGGUCUCGCGUCAUGCACGGUGUCGAGUCCAAGCAGCAGUCAGCUGCUUGGUUCAUCGAAUACUGCCGCAGAAACCAUGGUCUACUCGCGGUCCGUGCGGACGACGAGUCGGGAGGAAACCAUAUGCGCAUCACUACAGGAACACAAGACAUCGCCAAUGGCCUGGCCAACCUUGUCGGUCGUGACAACAUUCAUCUGUCCUCCCCCGUGGUCUCUGCGCAUGAUUACAGGAGCCAUGUCACGGUGACGACGGCAGCAGGUCAGACAUUCCAGGCCCAUCGAUGCAUCAUCUCCCUCCCGAGCACCAUGUACAAGAGUCUUUCCAUCGCACCCCCUCUUCCUGAGUCUAUAUGCUCCAUCGUCAACUGCACCACUCUCGGCCACUACAAUAAAGCCAUUGUCUGUUACGACAAGCCAUGGUGGCGUGACCUGGGAUUCAACGGAUUCCUGCUCAGUUACAAGGGUCCUGUGGUAGUUGCCCGCGAUACAAGCGUUGACAGCAUUGACUACUAUGCCCUCACGUGUUUUGUCAAUGGAGACGAAGGCACUAAAUGGCAGGGUCUCAGUCACAAUGACCGCCGUCAGGUCGUUCUUGACCAGAUUGCUGAGGUGUACUAUGGCGACAUCAGUGAAAAAGCGGCUAGUAUCGAGCAUGUCUACCAGCCCUCUGACUUCUUUAUUCAAAUAUGGAAAGAAGAGGUGUACAGCAAGGGUGCCUUGGCGCCUAUAACAGCUAUAGGCCAGCGUGAUGCCUACGAGACAUACUGCGGGAAGCCCGUGGGAAACUACCAUUUUGUGGGGACAGAAUAUGCUACGGAGUGGAAGGGCUAUAUGGAAGGCGCUCUUUGUUCAGGAGAACACGGCGCUGCAGAGGUGGUCCAGGCCCUGGCUAUCAUCGCCAAGCUAUGA